AUGACUGCUAUCGAAGAUAUCUUGCAAAUCACCACAGAUCCUGUCGAUUCCCGUGGCUAUUUCUUAUUGAAAUCUGAGGAAGUUCCCAAGGGCUCAACCCUCGGGGUUGACUUUAUCGAUACGUUAUUGUUGUACCAACUAACCGAAAAUGAGAUGCUGACUAAACCUUUUGACUAUUUGAAUGACUGUUUUCGCCGUAAUCAGCAACAAAAGAGAAUUACCAAAAACAAACCCAACGCCGAGUCAUUGCAUACCACUUUCCAGGAGAUUGAUCGUCUUGUCAUCGGCUAUGGCGUUGUUGCACUACAAAUAGAAAAUUUUUGCAUGAAUGGCGCUUUCAUCAAUUACAUUAGUGAAAUCGUCUCCAAUGUAAAUGCAUAUACUGAUUUUCUUUCUCAGAUCAUACAAAGAGCCAUCUUAGAAGGCACUGCUUUAGAUUUGCUUAAUGCCGUUUUCCCAACACUAUUAGAGUACUGCAACAAGCACGUUACCCAUUUUGAUUUAAACGAUUCGGUGACCUACAAUAACGUUCUUACACUAUUUGAAUUAUUUGUCACAUUUAAACCUAUCGCGGAAAUAUUUACUAAGAUAGAAGGAUUUUUUGUAAGUUACGACUGUAAGCCACAGUUCUUUGAAAAGCAAACCAUACUAGGACCUAUUCUGUCUCUUUCCCCUAUAGAUGCUGCGGUUGCAAUUCGUAAUUAUGGUGACAAUCUCUUGCGCUCCAAACAACAAACAGCUAUGAUCCACGAAUCUUUGCAAGCCGAACACAAGGUUGUUAUGGAUAGACUGUUUUUCAUUGUUGAUAAGCUUGUGCGUGGUUCUCUAGAUUCAAGAACUGAUAUGAUAAGCUAUUUUGCUCAUAUUGCUAAUAAGAAUCAUUUACGUAAAGCUGAUCGCCCCCCAUUCAAGGAGUUAUCUUCUAAUGGAUUCAUGGCCAAUAUCACUUUAUUAUUAGUUAAAUUUUCUCAACCGUUCCUAGAUGUCUCAUACAAGAAAAUUGAUAAGAUCGAUGAAAACUACUUUAAUAACCCAAGCCUGUUCAUUGAUCUGUCAGAGGAGACACGCCUAAAUUCAGAUUAUAAAGAGGCCGAUGCAUUUUAUGACAAGAAUAGAAAAACUGCGGAUGCCAAGCCCAACUUCAUAUCAGAUUGCUUCUUCCUAACGCUAACUUAUCUGCAUUAUGGUCUCGGAGGUACACUUUCAUUCGAAGAGAAAAUGGGGUCUGAAAUAAAAUCGCUAAAAGAAGAGAUCGAGAAAGUAAAAAAGAUUGCAGCAAGUCAUGAUGUCUUUGCAAGAUUUGUAACAGCACAGUUAUCCAAGAUGGAGAAAGCAUUGAAAACAACAGAAUCGUUGCGAUUUGCUCUGCAGGGAUUCUUUUCUCAUAGAUCUCUGCAACUAGAGGUAUUUGAUUUCAUUUGCGGUGCAUCUACAUUUUUGAUUCGUGUUGUGGACCCCAAGCACGCAUUUCCUUUCCAACAAAUCAAAUUACCAUUGAUUCCCGAUCAAAUAGGUGUCGAAAACGUGGAUAAUGCCGAUUUUUUGAGAGCACAUGCCCCAGUGCCUUUCAAAUACUACCCAGAAUUUGUUGUUGAAGGACCAAUCAAUUAUUCUCUUUACAUCUCUAAAUAUCAAACCUCCCCAAUUUUUAGAAAUCCACGGCUGGGAUCAUUUGUUGAGUUCACAACAAUGAUCCUUCGUUGCCCAGAAUUGGUUUCCAAUCCACAUUUGAAGGGUAAACUAGUACAAUUAUUGAGCGUUGGUGCUAUGCCAUUAACAGAUAAUUCUCCAGGGUUUAUGAUGGAUAUCUUUGAGAACGAUGAACUAGUAAGCAAAAAUCUACUCUAUGCCCUGUUAGAUUUUUACGUUAUUGUCGAAAAGACGGGUUCUUCUUCACAAUUUUAUGAUAAAUUCAACAGCAGAUAUAGCAUUUCAAUCAUUUUAGAGGAACUCUACUACAAGAUACCAUCGUACAAAAAACAGUUAAUAUGGCAAUCCCUAAAUAAUGCAGAUUUUUUCGUGCGGUUUGUGGCUCGUAUGUUAAACGAUUUGACUUUCUUAUUAGAUGAAGGUUUAAGCAACUUGGCCGAGGUGCAUAACAUCCAAAAUGAGCUGGAUAAUCGUGCAAGAGGAGCACCACCAACAAGAGAGGAGGAGGACAAAGAAUUGCAAACGAGACUAGCGUCCGCUUCAAGGCAAGCCAAGUCAUCAUGUGGGCUAGCUGAUAAAUCCAUGAAGUUGUUUGAAAUUUACUCGAAAGAUAUCCCAGCAGCAUUUGUCACACCGGAAAUUGUAUACAGAUUGGCCAGUAUGCUGAACUAUAAUUUAGAAUCAUUGGUUGGGCCUAAAUGUGGGGAAUUGAAAGUAAGAGACCCACAAAGUUAUUCAUUCAAUCCAAAGGAUUUGUUAAAGGCUUUAACAACUGUUUACAUCAAUCUUUCGGAGCAAACAGAGUUCAUUGGCGCUGUUGCUAAAGAUGAAAGGUCUUUCAAUAGAAAUCUCUUCGUCCGUGCCGUUGACAUUCUUGGUAGAAAGACAGGUUUAGUAUCUCAAGAGUUUGUUGAGAAACUAUUAAAUUUUGCUAACAAAGCCGAAGAACAGAGGAAGGCUGAUGAAGAAGAAGACCUCGAGUACGGUGAUGUUCCUGACGAGUUUUUGGAUCCUUUAAUGUACACAAUAAUGAAGGACCCUGUCACUUUGCCAACAUCUAAGAUGAACAUUGAUAGAAGUACAAUCAAAGCGCAUCUCCUAAGCGACUCUACUGACCCAUUUAAUAGAAUGCCUUUGAAGUUGGAUGAUGUGAAACCUAAUGAAGAACUAAGACAAAGAAUCAUUGAUUUCAAAAAGCAGAAGAAGGAGGAAGCUAAAACUAAGUCAAAAAAUUAA